ACAUCCCACCACCCCUUUAAAGCUCAAUUUUGCAGUGUUGUCACAUCAGGAGCUGCUGCACAGAUUUAGCUGUCCUGUGAUGACUGCACAAAGUAAAGAAGAAACUAAUCAGUAGUGUCUCACUACGAGCCAUAGAUAUCACCUAACGUUGCCUGAAUUUUUUUUCUUAAAGAAGGAGUUUUCUUAAUUCACUGUCGCAAUGCACGAGCUCGCCUGCCUUCCCGCCGUCCUGCUUCUCUUGCUGCUGUCCUGUACUCCUGCUCGGGGAUAUUUUGCGGAGGAGCGCUGGAGCCCCGAGUCUUCGCUCCUCGCUCCCCGGGUCCUCGUCGCCCUCAUCUGCAGAAACUCCGAGCACUCUCUGCCGUAUUUCCUCGGUACUAUUGAGCGACUCAACUAUCCCAAAGAGCGUAUGGCUUUGUGGGUAGCAACUGAUCAUAACAAGGACAACACUACAGCCAUUUUGCGUGACUGGCUUGUCAAGAUGCAGAGCCUUUACCAUUAUGUGGAGUGGAGGCCAAAAGAGGAACCCAGACAUUAUCAGAGUGAAGAUGGUCCCAAGCAAUGGACAGACCUCCGUUAUGAGCAUGUUAUGAAGCUUCGGCAAGUGGCACUGGAGUCAGCUCGUGAGAUGUGGGCGGACUACUUCAUGGUGGUGGACUGUGAUAACCUCCUCACCAAUCCUGAUGUGUUGUGGAAGCUCAUGAGAGAAAACAAGACCAUCAUAGCUCCAAUGCUUGAAUCCCGUGCUGCAUAUUCAAACUUCUGGUGUGGAAUGACCUCCCAGGGUUACUAUAAGCGCACUCCUGCCUACAUACCCAUUAGAAAGCAGGUGCGUAAGGGCUGUUUUGCAGUUCCCAUGGUCCACUCCACCUUCCUGAUAGACCUCAGGAAAGAGGCGUCCAGGCAGCUGGCCUUUCACCCACCACACCCAGAAUACAGCUGGGCUUUCGAUGACAUCAUUGUAUUUGCUUUCUCUGCUCGGAUGGCAGAUGUUCAAAUGUUUGUAUGUAAUAAAGAGACCUAUGGUUACUUUCCUGUGCCACUGCGAUCCCACAAUACCAUGCAAGACGAAGUUGACAGCUUUGUACACUCCCUGCUGGAGGCUGAGGUGCGAAAUCCCCCAGUGAUGCCUUCCAAAAACAUACCUGUUCCUAGAAAACAACCCGACAAACUGGGCUUUGAUGAGGUUUUCAUGAUAAACCUGCAGAGGCGAGCUGACCGCCGAGAACGUAUGUUGAGGGCAUUAUACAAGCAGGAGAUUGCUUGUAAGGUCAUUGUAGCUGUAGAUGGAAAGGCAAUGAAUAUCAGUGAAGUUCAAGCUAUGGGCAUCCACAUGCUCCCUGGAUACAGUGACCCCUAUCAUGGUCGCCCACUGACCAAGGGAGAGCUGGGAUGCUUCCUUUCCCACUAUAAUGUCUGGAAAGAGAUUGUGGAGCGACGCCUGGACACCUCCCUGGUGAUUGAAGAUGACCUGCGCUUCGAGAUCUUCUUCAAACGCCGCCUAAUGAACUUAAUGAGGGAGGUGAAGGAUGAAGGGCUGGACUGGGAUCUCAUUUAUAUUGGUCGGAAGAGAAUGCAAGUGGAUCACCAAGAGAAAGCAGUGCCUAAUAUACGCAACAUAGUGGAAGCAGACUAUUCAUAUUGGACACUAGGCUAUAUGAUAUCAUUACAAGGUGCAGAGAAGCUUUUGAAAGCAGAACCACUAAAGAGGAUUUUGCCAGUGGACGAGUUUCUUCCUAUCAUGUACAAUAAACACCCUGUGUUUGAUUAUAUGGAACAGUUUGAAACCAGGGACUUGAAGGCAUUUUCAGCUGAGCCUCUUCUAGUGUAUCCAACACACUACACCGGCGACAAAGGCUACAUCAGCGAUACUGAGACCUCCACAGUGUGGGACAAUGACAAGGUCCGUACAGACUGGGACAGAGCACGCUCAGGAAAAACUGGGGAGCAGGCUGAAAUCAGCACCGAGGCACAGAACUCAGAUGUGCUCCAGUCGCCUUUGGACAGCACAGCAAGGGACGAGCUAUGAGAAGAACUGAAUGAGAGCCUUGCAAAUUUUUACAAACCAUCUAUGUUUUUGUUUUUUUUCAUGUUUCAUUUCUUAUACUUAAGAUUUUGCAUCGUAGCAGGGAUGUGACCUCAAAGUUGUAGAAAGAUUUUAAUUUAUGUGUGAGUACAUAAGGGAUUAGGUGUGUUUUCUGUCACAUUGUCCAUUUGUAGUUUUUAUUGUAUAAAGGCACUAGACUUGCCAUUUGAAAUGGCAUUUGCAGUACCCAACAUCUCUCUGUCAUACAGAAAUGAACCUAUAUAUUGACAUAGAAUACAAUUGGACUGUUUCCUUUCAGUCAUCAUUCAGUUAACAUUGUCCUAGUUUGAGAUUACACUGUGAAAUGUUUUUUUUAUAAAUUUCUCAAAACUACAAAUGAAUUGAGCUGUUACAACACUGUAUGUCAAUGAGCAAAAAAUCUAAACUUUCGCAGAUAUUCAUUCAGAAAUCAAUCAAUUUAUCAUAGUUAUAGUUGUAGUUAUCAUCCUAAAUGUAUUGGUCCAAGAGGAGAAACAUCUGUAUGUCUUUUGCUAUGAGCUUUAGUAUUUGCUCUUUUUAAACUUCAUAUUGCUAUAUUUUUAAUAAUUAUUAGCCAGCACUUUGCAGCAGAGUUUUACCAAAGCGACACAGCACACAGGUAACUGUUGCAGUUGAGUCAGAAUUGUAGAUUCAGAGUAUAUA